AUGGACUCGGUUUGCCCGGAGCGAUCUGUGACGUGUGUUACAUGGAACCAUGAUGGAAGCAACUUGGCAGUAGGUCUACGAUGUGGUUUCAUCAUUUACAGCACGGAGCUACUGCACCUUGUCGACGGGAAAUUGUUUGAAAUCCUUUUCCAGCCCGUUGAUGGUGGCGCAGGGUUAAUUGCUUUGCAUGGACAAUGUAACCUAGUUUUUAUCUCUGGGUGGGCGUACGAUCACAGGGCCACUGUGGCAAUAUACGACCUUUCCGUGAAGGGGGAGGAGCACGACUCGCGUGACCGUGCUGUGCUGGCGAAAGUGACGAUGGCAGAGGCAGUGAACGGGUUGUGUUUCCACCCGCUUUUAGUGAUGGUUGGAACAGAAAGCGGUUUGGUACAUGUCUUUAACCAGAAGCUCGAAAAGAUACAGGAGUACAAAACGUCGCAAAAAAUUCGGACGUUCGCCGGUGCCACGAGCAAAAUGGCAUUAGGCACAAUGUUGGACAAAGAGGUGGCCGGUGGAGUUAAUUACUUACUACUGCGUGGAGUUGUCGCCGGCCCAACCCCUGGCAGUGUGCGGUGUAUCCGCUACGUCAGUGAGCGAAGUAUGGAAGUUGAGUCGUCACAGUCUUCUCUUGAGGAGGAGGGUGGAUGCGCGGCUGGACCCCUUGAAGAAAACGUUGUCGAACUGCACACAGCAGAGGUGCAGUGUAUUGCCAUUACGGUGGACGGUCGUUGUGCGGUCACCGUUAGCGCACGGGGGACGAUGCUCAAACUGCUUGACGUAAGGAAAGGGGUGGUAAUCGGCCAGUACUCGCGUGGAGCGGCGCCUAACACAGUUCUCUCAUUGGCAUUACACCAAUGGAUCGACCGUACAGUCCUAACGUGCAUCUCAGAUUCAGGGACACUCCAUAUUUUCCAUGGUCCCCCAUUAAAAAGGUCCAGUGAGCACCAUGAAACAGCUGACACGACAACCGAUGCAAAGUGGUCGGUCCCAGUCGUGCAGCGAUUUAACGACUACAUUAGCAGUGUGGGUGCGAAGUUUCGGAUCACCAUACCUGAGGAUGGGUUGUCUGACGUUCAUUGCAGAGAGAGAUUGGAUGUCGGUAUGGCAUACAGCACAGUUGUUCGCAUUCACGAUGCGAGCCUCUCACCCACUAUUUUGGUUGCGCAGCGUUAUAUUAAGAGGGAUGGUACAUCGUCAAAAGGUCGUUUGCUAUUCAUCAAAGUGGAUAUGGCGGCAGAGGUGCCUGGUGUAGCACGGACAAAGGACCUGCGCAGCUUCUACUUUCCAAAAAGUGAAAUGUAG